AUGCAGCUCUUGACGCGCCACCUCGCCGCGAAAGACGUCUCCCUCCCCAAACAAGACAUCACCAUUCGCCGCGGCCAGACAAUCUCCGUCGACGGCUACGGCUCAAUCGACCUGAAACUAUACAAACACCGCAGAAACCCGGCGGCGCAGCUUGUGACGCCGAGUCCCGACCACCUGGGCUUCGGCCACGGACUUCACAUGUGCCCUGGUCGGUCCUUCGCCUCCAACAAGGUCAAGCUGGCGCUGUGUCACCUGUUAUGGAACUACGACUGGAAGCUGGUGCCGGGCAACGUCGUAGGCCUUGUGAUUGUUGGUACCUCUGCGAAUGUAAAUCCGACGGCGGUUAUGAUGAUCAAAAGGCGGGAGGAGGAGUUUAAAGUUGACUAUCUUGGGUUUGGGGAAUUGGACUCUUGA